AUGUUCCGCAAGAAGAAGAAGAAGAGGCCCGAGAUAUCGGCGCCCAAGAACUUUGAGCACCGCGUACACACCUCCUUCGACGCCAAGCGGGGCUGCUACGUGGGGCUGCCCACGCAAUGGCAGAGCCUCAUCGAGAACCUGCGCCGGCCCAAGCCCAUGGUGGACCCCUCACGCAUCACGGAGGUGGAGCUGAGGCCGAAGAAGACCAUCGUGCGCGGCAGCAUGAUCGGCCACGGCGACUACAUCACGGCCAUGAUCAACGACAUGAGCCGGCUGUCCGUCACCAGCUCCAACUCCCUGAGGAAGCACAGCCCCUCGGCCAGGAAGAGGGCCCAGUCCCUGGGGAGGCUGGGCGAGGUGAGGGAGGGCGACAACUACCAGUACGAGGGCCUCGCCGGGGACGACGAAGAGGACGACGAGGACGACGACGAGGAGGACGACGAGGAAGACGAGGGGCGAGGGCGCGCGUCCCGGGAACGCUGGAGGAGCAGGAACGUCCACAGCGAGAGCAACACGCCCCACAUGGGCAUGAAGAAGAGCGUCACCCUGCAGCCCAACGGCAUCCUGUCCCGGGCCAGGUCCACGUACGAGGUGGGGGUCAGCUCGGUGGAGCGCCCGCCCCCGCCGCCUGUCCAGCCCCAGCCCAUCCACGCGCCCAGCUACGGGGCCUACAUGAGCCCCGAGCUGGGCAGCCCCCAGGGGCGGGUGGUGUGGAGGAGGGACUUCCAGCUGCCGCCCAGGGGCGCCCCCGCGGGUCAGCGGCCCAUCGCGUGCUUCUACAGCCCGGCCAUGGUGCUCCAGCAGCACCCCCGGGGGGACCAGGGCCCCCUGCACCCCGCAGAGUUCGCCCACCACCCCAACCUGCCGCUUUACAUGCCGAGCCACAGCAGCCCGGUGCGGCCGUACUCCUCCUACGACCUGAAGGUGAAAGCCUCUUCCAUCGUGAGGUACCACUCUGGCUUCCUGCCCACGGGCACCAGCAGCCCUCUGGUGAGCGGCGUGCGGCCCCAGCGGGCGGUACGCUCCUCUGCCAGCUACACCCUGGGACUGUCCCCCAACAUGGGACACCUGCGACCCAACGGGCCCGAGCCCUUCCUCAGGCACUCGGGGUGUCCCACCAACCCCCCGUACCCCAGGCAGGACAGCCCGUCCCAGCCGCGGCCCUCCCCCACGGGCUCCCUGGCCACCAGCCCCCCCGGGGCCUGCUCCCCCGCUUACAGACCCCCGCCCCACCCGUCGCCCCGCCCCCCACCCGACCCGCCCAAGGUGACCCACGAACAGUUCAAGGCGGCGCUGCAGAUGGUGGUGGACCAGGGGGACCCCCGGGCGUACCUGGAGAACUUUGUGAAGAUCGGCGAGGGCUCCACGGGGGUGGUGUGCAUCGCCCGCGAGAAGCACAGCGGCCGGCAGGUGGCGGUGAAGAUGAUGGACCUGCGGCGGCAGCAGAGGAGAGAGCUGCUGUUCAACGAGGUGGUCAUCAUGAGGGACUACCAGCACAGAAAUGUGGUGGAAAUGUUCAAGUCAGCCCUGGUGGAGGAGGAGCUGUGGGUUAUCAUGGAGUACCUGCAAGGUGGCGCACUCACCAACAUUGUGUCUGAAACGAGGCUGAGCGAGGAGCAGAUUGCCACGGUGUGUGAGGCUGUGCUGCAGGCGCUGGCCUACCUUCAUUCACAGGGCGUCAUCCACAGAGACAUCAAGAGUGACUCCAUAUUACUCACAUUAGAUGGAAGGAUCAAGCUGUCGGACUUUGGCUUCUGUGCCCAGAUCAGUAAGGACAUCCCUAAAAGGAAGUCUCUGGUGGGAACACCCUACUGGAUGGCUCCCGAGGUCAUCUCCAAAUCCCCAUACGGCACUGAGGUGGAUGUGUGGUCUCUGGGCAUCAUGGUGGUGGAGAUGGUGGAUGGGGAACCCCCCUAUUUCAGUGAGACCCCAGUGGCGGCUAUGAAGAGGCUGAGAGACGAGCACGCCCCCACCGUGAGGAACGUCAGCCAGAUCUCCCCAGUGCUGAAGGACUUCCUGGACCGCAUGCUAACCCGGGACCCUAUGGAGCGGGCCAGCGCCACAGACCUGCUGGAGCACCCCUUCCUGCUGCAGAGCGGCUCCCCGCAGUGCCUGGUGCCCCUGGUGGAGCAGUACCGCAAGCGCAUGUCCCGCUGCUGA